GGGAUCAUGACCUGAGCCGAAGGCAGAGGCUGAGCCACCCAGGCGCCCCUCGGUUUGUUUUUCUUGGUGUGCUCGGAGUGAGUGCCGAAAAGCUUCAAGUAACCAACCCCUCUAUUUCCAGGGUCUGGAGGGUUCUGGAAGCAAGUGUUGCCAGGUGCUGUUGCAUUGGUGCCUUGUUCUUAUUUAGGGGUCUAGGUGGCUUUCCCCUAUACCCCCUAGCUCACAGUAGGUGGGGCAGGCAAACAAGCUUAGAGGUUUGGGCGAUUUCGGCAAGGAACGGGGCUUGCUUUAUCCACAUUCUCACAAAGAUGAAGCUUUGGGGAAGAUUCAGCCCAGUUCUUCCGUGUCACCUGAAAGUUAAUUAAGGGAUCGGCAAACUACAGAAGCCGGCUCGGGGACUAGAGCUCGGCGCGAAAUAGCGCUUUCUGUGACAAAAUAAGCAACACCCGUGGAAGUGAUAGACCUGACUCCGGAAGCACUGCAGCUGGGCGCCAAAUUUGAGUUCCUGGGCGCGAAGUUUAAAUUUGCCCCGUCACCACACACCACACUGUGAUAGGUGGGUACAGGGAGUAUGAGAACAACAAAGUUUAAAUUUGCCCCGUCACCACACUGUGAUAGGUGGGUACAGGGAGAACGAGAACACGUCAGUUCCUAUCCCCCCACCCCCCACGUUGAGCCCGGGAUCUAUAAAAGGUCUCGCGCCUGGCGUCCCCUCGCAGUUGCUCAGGAGCUCCCUUGGCAUCGACCACCAGCUGGAGGUAAGCGACGAUCCGCCACGCUAGAGGCGCCCGGAGCAGACAUGGACAUGUCAGAAGAAGCAGCUGGCCAAUCUAAGAUCCAGGAUGAUGAUUGUUGCAUUCUUACUGUGGACUCAAGCAGUGAUGAAGAGUUUGAGCCCUUUGGAACCAAAAAGAAGGAGCAGAAAAGGAACUUUAGCUAUGUGGUGAUUGACUCUGACUCUGAAGACGAAUACUUCAGUAAUAAUGUCAGAGCUCACAUAUCUGACAUCAGCAGUGAAGAUGAGAUUCUGGAUGUGUUAUCAGACACCGAGGAGCACCCUGCCACCAAGGAGCCACCAAUAGUUAUUACUGAUGAUGACAGUGAUUUUGAGGGCCCUGUGCUCAUAAUAGACGAGGAUUCGUGUGAUCAGGGCCAAACUGCCUCAGAGGAAAAAGAGAUGGAGGUCUUCAAUGUCUCCCAAAGUGGUUCCUCUAAUGAUGCUGGGGAGCUGAAUCUUGGUGAAAAUCUGGGCCAGCCACCACGCGGUGCCGAAGCCGAGGUGGAGAUUGCAGAUGACAAGCCUGCACCUGUGGUGGAGCAGCCACGGAAGAGGAAGAGUAAGACCAAGAAUAUAUGUGUGACACCUGCUGUGAGAGUCUCCAAAAGACGUGCGCCUACAAAGAAGAAGCCCGGUGCAGGGAAAAUUGAAAAACGCACGCCCGGGAAAGCAACGUGCAAAAUACCUGGAUGUUUCCUGCGUGACCUGGAAAACGCGAAGCAGUAUUCUGGAAGGAAAUUCAAGCAAAAUAAGGAUAGCCUGGUUCAGAAAAUCUACACCCUGUUUAACAGCUCGGUGUUUAAUAAAAAGCUACCAGAGAAAAUUGAUAUUGGCUGGAAUAAAAAGAUGCUGAGGACCGCUGGCUUAUGCACCACGGGUGAGACCCGUUACCCUAAGAAGCAGCGUUAUGCGAAGAUCGAGAUUUCCCUGAAAGUCUGCGACUCCGCAGACCGUCUCCGGGACACUUUGAUCCAUGAGAUAUGCCACGCAGCCUCAUGGUUGCUUGACGGCAUCCGUGACUCUCAUGGGGACGCAUGGAAAUAUUACGCCAAGAAAUCGAACAUGGUGCACCCGGAGCUGCCCAUGGUCACCCGCUGUCAUAACUAUAAGAUUAACUACAGGAUCCAUUAUGAAUGUACUCGGUGCAAAACCAGGGUUGGCCGCUAUACCAGAUCCUUGAACACCGAUCGCUUUAUCUGUGCCAAGUGCAAGGGGCCUCUGGUCAUGUUGCCGCUAACUCGCAAGGAUGGAACCCCCAUUGCGCCCCAUGUGAGGCCCUUUGCUAAGUAUGUGCAGGAGAAUUAUAGAACGAUUAAGCAUGAGACGGAAGGGAUAAGCCACGGGGAUGUGAUGAGACGGCUGAGCAAGGAUUAUGCCGAUAAGCGAAGGCAGGAUCAUUGAGGUUAUCUGGGGGCGUAUUUCUGUGGGCUGAGCCCCCCUUAACUGCUAAGAAGUUUUAGAAAAAUAUCUGUUUCUGAUAAGUGAUGAAUAUUAGGAAUAUUAGGAUUUAAACCAUUUCUUUAUAGCCUCAUAGAGUUAACGAUGAUUGUUCUUAGGCAAGGAUUCUGCUACUAAGCAAUUUUGUGCCCUUGAGGUACUCAUAAGCCCUUUGGAUCAGAUCCACUCUGGGUAUUACUCUUAACAUAGUUUCAACAUGUAGAACACAAUUCAGACACAAACUGCAUUUUCAAGAGGGGCAGGUGGAGAUAAGAAGGAUGCUGGAGGUGAUCGAGUUUUAAAGGCCGCGCUCCAAGACCAGGGCUGCUGGCCGGUAGAACAUGUUAUACUUAAAUAGACAUAAAAGACAAGCAUAUUUCAUGAAUUUAGUUGCUCUUGACAUUGAAUAAGCCUGUGCUGAGCCAAUGUAAUUGUUAUUAAGACAAAAAAAAAAUAAAAUGUUUUCUGAAA